AGAAAGUAAGCAAAUGUGCGUUGUAGUUAAAAAAGCUUCAUAAGUCCUUAAAAUUCGAGCUUUUUACACAAAUAUGAGGUGCCUUAUUUUCGUGGCACUAUUUGCCAUUGCAUUUGCUGUUGGGGGUUGGAAAGAAGUGUCUGUAGAAGAUGAAAGAGUUGUAAAUGCUGCAAAAUUUGCAACAAAAUCCCUUUCCCAGCGAAUGAACUCCCCAUAUCAUGCAAAAUUGUCUAGUUUAAACAAGGCUAAAAGACAGAUAGUUGCUGGAGUAAAUUAUGAACUUCAUAUAACUAUUGGUUAUACUACCUGUAAGAAAUCAGAACUAGAUUAUAAUGAAGUUGAAAAAUGUGACUUCCAAAAGAAUUCAUUCAAAGAUUGCAAAGUUAAACUGUUUCAUAAUCUUCAAGGAAAAUAUGAAGUUAAACAUUUCGAUUGUUCCCCUACCACGAGUGAUGAAGGUGUACAAAAUUCAUAUCAUGAAUAUGCUGAGGAAUUGUUGUUUGAAGAUUUUAUUGCAAGACACAAUAAGUUGUAUCUAGAUGACAAAGAAAAACUUGCAAGAUUUAAAAUUUUCCAAAAGAAUUUGGACAAGAUCAAAUUCCUUAAUGAUCAUGAACGUGGAACUGCUAGAUAUGGAGUCACUAAAUUUGCAGACUUGACAGAGGAAGAAUUUAAAAAACAUGCUCUAGGGCUAAGACCAGACCUCCAGACCAAUGAAGAAAUGAAAAAGGCAGCUAUCCCCAAAAUUUCUAUCCCAGAUUCUUAUGACUGGAGAGAUCAAAAAGUAGUCAGUGAAGUGAAAGAUCAAGGUCAAUGUGGAUCAUGCUGGGCUUUCUCAACCACUGGAAACAUUGAAGGACAGUGGGCAAUCAAAAAGAAGAGUUUAGUUUCUCUGUCUGAGCAAGAACUUGUUGACUGUGAUAAACUUGAUCAAGGUUGCAAUGGUGGGCUGCCUAGCAAUGCUUACAAAGAAAUUAUGAGAUUAGGUGGUUUGGAAAAGGAAACUGAUUAUCCUUAUGAAGCUGAAGGUGAAAAGUGUGCAUUUAAAAAAGGAGAGGUGAAAGUUUACAUCAAUGACUCUGUCACAAUUUCCAAAAAUGAGACAGAAAUGGCUCAGUGGUUGGUGAAAAAUGGACCUAUUUCCAUCGGAAUAAACGCCAAUGCCAUGCAAUUUUAUUAUGGUGGUAUUUCUCAUCCAUGGAAAUUUCUCUGUGAUCCUGGUAACUUAGAUCAUGGAGUCUUGAUUGUUGGAUAUGGUGUUCAUACUUACCCCAUUUUCAAAAAGACUUUGCCUUUCUGGAUUAUUAAGAACAGCUGGGGAGCAAGUUGGGGAGAACAAGGAUAUUACAGAGUCUACAGAGGUGAUGGAACAUGUGGUGUGAACCAGAUGGCCACCUCUGCUGUGGUAGAUUAGAUGACAGCCAAAAAUCUUUUCAGCAAACUUUGAUUGAAGUAUUGACUUGAUUCAAAAAUCUUGACAGCAGGCUGUGAAGUUUUGGCUAGGUUGAAAAGUGUUAUCUGCUGAUUAAAUAUGUCUUUGAAUAUUUUAAUUGCAGUCAUUGCAACUACUCAAUCACCAAACAUUAAUCCUUUGCUGCUAAUCAUAUACUUUGAUUACUGAGUUUUUAACUGUUAUAAGAUUAUAGAUUAUAGAUUUAAAAAAAAAAAAUUUUUAACUCUUGUGCUUUCAGAAAGCAUUGCUCAACGCUGUGUAACUUAUAAAUGAAAGUCCUGUGCUGAACUACCUUCCUACUUUAUUUAUUGAUUAUUCAUUUAUCUGUGGCAACUUUUUUAUACAAUGCAGUCCUUUGAGGAUUUUUUAAGCUUAUUUAUGGUAGUAAAUGCUUAACUACAUACCCAAUUUAUAUAAUAAAUUGGGCUUGUUGUUUUUCCUGUGUAUUGUUAAAAAGUUAACCUAGCGUCUAAACUUUCAGGUAUAAAUCAUGAAGUUUUGUCCUUUUUGAGCCUAAGAAGAAAACUACCAUCUCCUAAACUUUGUUCAAUUUUUUUAUAAUACAGUGCUUUCACAUGAUUUAAUGAUCACUGUAAGUAUCAAUUUUAUGUGCAAUAAAAUUUAGAUUAUAUCUUCAAAAGUGUACUCCGUCAACUUUAAUGCUUCAGUUGUAUUUAAUAAAUGAUGUUUUGUUAA